AUGGUUUAUUGGGGGGUUUUUGGCUAUAAAAUAAAUCUUCACACAUUUUUUUCAAAAUCACAAAAAUCAAAUUAUCUACGUUGUCCCAAGAAUCCAAGAAGUCCACCUCCGCCGCCUCCUGUCUUUCCUCCGAGCAAUUUUCCAGCCAUUUGA